AUCAGCUUAUAUCAACAACUGACAAGGUCGUGCCACGUUGAAUCGCAAACAAAGCAUCUAAAACCAGGCAAAGAAUUGAUUUUGUUGUUGUUUUGUAUGAAUCAAGGGCCGAACAUUAUAGCUAAAUUACGUCCGACCAAGGUGUCUCAAAUCUUAUAACAGAUCGCAUACCUACGAGAAACCAUGGGUCGAGGUACGAACGGACGCUUUCGCUCAUGCUGCGGAGCCGUUUUACGCCGUCUUCGCAAAGAUUUACUCCUUGUUCUCCUCAUUGUGGGUGUAAUCAUUGGGUUUGCCGUCGGAGCAGCAGUCAACGAGUCGGUCAACGCUAUCAAAGACCCGGAGAAGAAAGCAACUGCCAUUAUGUUGAUCGGGUUUCCAGGCGAGCUCUUCAUGAACAUGCUCAAGCUUUUGAUUCUGCCGCUCAUCGUCGCAAGCAUGAUUACAGCGCUUGCCACGCUUGAUUCCAAAGCGACGGGCAGAAUCGGCCGUCGAACUGUUAUUUACUACCUUGGAACGAUGUUGAUGGCUGUUUUACUUGGAAUUGUCUUGGUUGUAGCUAUUCGCCCAGGCGAACGCAGCAGACCUGAAGACUCGGAAGAACCACCUCCGACGAGACCUUAUCGAGGUCUGGAUUCUCUUCUCGAUCUUCUCAGGAGCUGUUUUCCCGUAAACAUUGUGGAAGCGUCUUUCAUACAGAAAAGAACGCGAUACAAGACGGUCGAUCCAGUUUUUCGCGAAUACAACAAGACAGUGAACGGGGAGAACGGGACAGUCAAUUUUACAAUGGCUAAAGAGGAACUUGUUCCGGGAUCUGAUACUGUUCCCGCGGGACUAGAAAUAGCUGCCCGAAAUAUGAACGUUCUGGGAUUGGUUGUGUUUUCCAUUGUGUUUGGUAUCGUGUUGGGACGAGUUGGAGAGCGUGGGUUACCCGUGAAGGCUUUUUUCGAGUCACUCAAUGAAAUAAUUAUGGAGAUGGUGUCACUGGUCAUGUGGUUCUCGCCCAUCGGAAUUUGUAGUCUAAUAGCAGCCAAGCUAGCUGGCAUGGGAGAUAUUGGACAAGCUUUUGAGAUGUUGGGCUACGUCAUGGGUACCGCGGUCGCCGGUCUUUUCAUACACGGCGUGAUCGUCCUGCCACUUGUCUAUUUUAUAUUUACGAGGAAAAACCCGAUUAUAUACAUCAAAAACCUCUCUGAUGCCAUCGCAACAGCAUAUGGCACGGACUCCAGCGCAGCUACUUUGCCGACGACCAUAAAAUGUUUGGAGCAGUACAACCAUGUGGACAAGCGUAUCAGCCGUUUUGUUCUUCCGCUGGGUGCCACCGUCAACAUGGAUGGAACGGCUCUGUACGAAGGCGUGUGUGCCCUUUGGAUCGCGCAGCUGCAUGGUAUCAGUCUUGGACCUGGGAGGGUUAUAACUGUUGUGGUGACCGCAAUGGCUGCGGCUGUAGGAGCGGCCGCAAUUCCAUCUGCAGGCCUGGUUACCAUGUUACUCGUGCUGCAAGCUGUCAAUCUUCCGCUUGGCGAUGUGGCUUUACUCUGGGCCGUUGACUGGUUCAUGGAUCGCUUCCGAACUGUGGUUAAUGUUCUUGGAGAUGCAAUUGGAGCCGGAAUAGUAGAUCACUUGUCACGUGAUGAGCUGAUGGAUGCUGACCAAUCCAAGAUGGAAGAAGGUGGACAGGGAGUUGACGGUGAAGUCAUUGAAUUAAUCGAGGCUCCACAAGAACGAUACACACGCAAGGAUCCGGAUUCCGGAUCAGUUGGCGUCCAACCCCCCUAAAGCAGGUUAUUGCCUUGCCACUUUACUGUUGGUUUAGUUAUAAAGGGCCAUUCUAUAUGCAUGUGUUUACUGGCCUUUUGUUCCGAGACAAGAAAUAUCGAUU